AUGGACCAAGAAGUGCCCCUUCCGCCACCGCGGACUAUUCGCACUAGAUCCCCUGCGAAAGCAUUAGGCCGCCAGCCUCUGCGAGCGCCGCAGCGGCCGUCGCGAUUGAGCGUCUCGAGCUUCCCUUCAAGCGAUCCUGCCUUCUUCUCGAGCGACGAUAUCCCUUCCUCGUCGCUGGAAAACUACAAUGCAGAAAAGCCCGUGAAUUCCAAAAAGCGGCGGUACCGCGGUACCUGGUGGGGAGAAAAGGCCAUUGAGGCGAAACGCAAGAGGGCUGAUUUUCGCGAAAAGCGGCAUUUGGAUAGUGGUGUGUGGAUGGGGAGUGAUGGGUCGUCGUCGGAAUGUCUCUUGUCUUCUGAGGCGUCCUCUUGCGAUGACUUUCUCACGCCUGAUCAGGAUGCUCGGGAUGCUCGGGAUGCAACAAAGGUGUGUGUAAUGGAGGAUAAUACGAAAGACGGCGAUGACGAAGAGGAAAACGCACGCGAUACUGGCCCAAAUUUUGCUGCUCGGAAUUUACAGAAACAAGACGAGCCAAAAGAACAUCAAACUGCUAGGGCUCUGGUUAAUAAUUGUCUCGAUAAGGGUCAGGACUGUAUUGACCUGAGUGGCCUAUUCAUGAAACGUCUUCCAACAGAUUUACUUCGACCGCUUUUACACUUGACCAAAGAGCCCGCAGUCUUCGAGGGUCCGGUUACCGAUGAAGUCUUCACUUCACUAACUCCGUUUCUUCGGCUGUUUCUGUCUGGAAAUGCCUUGACGCUGUUAACUUCAGAGCUCUUUGAGCUGGGCAACUUGAAUGUCCUUAGUCUGCGGAACAACAAGCUCCGAGAAAUCCCUGGUGCUAUCCGAAGACUCACAAAGCUGCAAGAAAUCAAUCUCUCAACCAACCGCCUAACCACGCUACCAUGGGAGAUGCUCUGGCUGAUACGCAAGGGCGACUUGAAGCAUAUGGUUGUCAAUCCUAACCCUCUUAUGUCUCUACACGAUGCAUUUGAAGACGUUGAUCAAUGGCACUAUGGGAGUGGACCAGAUGGAGCAGAAAACACAGAAACAACGCUUCGACUGUGGGAAUACGACGACGGACCUGUUCCUGAAGAGGCAUGGGCCCCUAUUCACAUUGCCACGAGUCGUGUUCAAUACAUGGACAGCGAAGGAAACCGACUCCUCGCCUCUAAAACCCACGAAGCUCAGUAUGCGCGCGAUGCCACCAGCCGCGUCCCCUCGUUACGCGAACUCGCGCUAUUGGAAUGCAACCGGGCUCCGUAUCUAGACCAGUUUCUUGAAGAUGACUUGACGGGAUACCCCGAGCUCGUCAUCCAGCUUUUGAAAAAGACGGUUGCAGUUCGAGAUGCCGGGGGCAUGAGUUGCUCUGUUUGCCAUCGCAGCUUUGUCGUUGCUCGGACGCAGUGGAUUGAAUGGUGGGACUGUGCAACGUAUGAAAACGGUCUCAAGGGGCCGCGGGCAUCGGGUGCAGAACUGCGUCCGUUGCCAUUUCUGCGCAAGGGCUGCAGUUGGGGGUGUGUCCCGGACGGAGACUUGAGUUGA